AUGCAGGCCGUCGAAACGUUCUCCCCCAAUCGAAGAUCUGCCCCGAAAUCGACUGCUGAAUCGCCGGAUUUGAAAAACUCAAUUUCCAAGCGGUGUCAACUUGCCGAGCUGCUGCGCGAUCCGCUCUUCGCUGCCGAGGCGAAAAGGUCGGCGAAACGACACAUAAGAGAAGCUGGCCCUUGGCCCGAGGUCCCAGAAGCGCCACAGCUAGCUGAGGCAUCGCUGGGCGCUGGACAACGUGAACAGGAAUUUCCGGAAUGGGCAAUGAAGGUGCUCGAAGAAACGUUCGUCAGCGAGCCGGAAAGCCAUCAACUGGUCGAGAUGCCGCGUCUGGAUCCGAAGCUCUACUCCGCGUUGAUUAUCAGGGUAGAACGCGUGUUCCGCGAGUGGAUUCGCAUGUGUGGAAUGGGUGAAGUCGAUCAGAAUCCACACUCUUCACUCGCUCACAUCAUCCAAGAGAUCCACGCGGACGGGCUGAUGUCGUCGGAUUUGAUGAUCGCCUCCUUCUUCCGCAUAUGCAUCGACAUUUGCGUGAUCAAGUACCACGCCAUGACCGUCGAGACAAAACGAUCUCUUCGUCCCCAACAGCCCGCGCUGGCCAUCGAGGCGUUCGUCAAGCUUGUUUGCUCAAUCCUUCGCCUCUCGGACCCUAGCCUCCCGUCCACAAAAAUCAACUUGGCUCGCCAGUUCCUGAACAUCGUGGCGAAUUGCGCCCUGCUUGAGGCGAAGAAGCACGGGCCAUCCUUCGAUGCGGGGCCAUUCUAUAGAAUUCUGUUGGGAACGUACACUGGAGUGAUGCGACCUGGGGACGGCAUCGAUCGGAUCAGGAAUGGUGUACGAGAUGACUUCAGAAAGACGCUUCAGCUGCUACGAAGCCGUCUGAGCCCGGAUCUGCCCUCGAGUUGGCUCGAUGUUCUCAAUGAUCUAACCGUCCCGUCGAUCCAGCCUCACCCAACACAAAUG